CGGAAACGCCACAAGGCAUCCGCGGAUUGUUACGUUUAUCCGAAUGGUGCAUUGUAACAGAAAAAAGCAACAAUAAAACAUAUUGUGGCUCAUCUUAGAAGAACUUGGGGAAGCACUGACAGAGGUGACUAUGUAUCUGUGUACUCUGUUAAUCUAUCUGGCUAUUUUACCACUGGCUUUAUGUGAAAUGGCGAGGCGUGAUGUUUUGCAGAAAUUGCUUGAUAACAAUACUUAUGACAACAGAAUUGCACCUAAUUAUGAAGAAGAUAGAGCAACCAAUGUGACACUGAAAUUGUCUAUCAUCAGUAUCGAUUCCAUCAAUGAAAUUUCAAUGGAUUUCUCUCUCAAUUUAUUUCUUUACCAAACAUGGGUGGAUCCGCGCCUUAAUUUCACAAAGUACAGUAAUUUUUCAAGUCUGGAACUUGACCAGAAAAUGAUUGAGAAUGUUUGGGUUCCUGAUACGUACUUUCCAAACGAAAAACAAGCCACAUUCCAUACAGUUACAGUGAACAACAAAUUGCUGCAUAUUUACCAGAAUGGAACUGUGUUCUACAGCAUAAGAUUGUCAAUGACGCUGACUUGUACCAUGAAACUUCACAACUUCCCACUUGAUGACCAAGAAUGCACUAUUUUUUUGGAAAGCUAUGCAUAUAGCAUUGAGAACGUGGUAUUCCACUGGGACACUAAGGAUCCUGUAAUAUUGAUGAAUGCCGAGGAGAAUGACCAACAAGAAACGCCACAGUUUUACUUUUAUAACCCAAUAGCGACGGGCUCGUGUGAGAAAACCACGUCAUUUGGUCCGAACAAUGAAUUUGCAUGUCUCCAGGCUAAACUUUUCUUCAGAAGAAACAUUGGCUACUACUUAGCACAAAUAUUCGUGCCGAGUGUUCUAAUUGUAAUUCUCUCCUGGAUCUCGUUCUGGAUUCACGUGGAUGCAAUUCCCGCGAGAAUAUCAUUAGGAGUUCUGUGUGUGCUCACCAUGACAACCCAGAGUUCUGGUAUCAGGAAUUCCCUUCCACGUGUGUCCUACAUAAAGGCAAUAGAUGUGUGGAUGUCGACAGGACUAGUUUUUGUUUUUGCUGCCUUAUUAGAAUAUGCUUACAUAAACGUUCAAACACGAAGACAUGUCAAAUCUACAUCUAUGAAGGGCACGAUUCGCCAAUCCAAGGGUCCCAUUCUCCCAUCAAAUGGGAAUGCCGACCGACGAGCAGAAGUCGAUUUCUUACAAAGAGCACGGCAAGUGGACAAGAUUUCUCGUAUUGCAUUUCCAACAAGCUUUCUUGUAUUCAAUAUAGUGUUUUGGACGUAUUACCUGAUACAUCGAUACGUUGUUAACAAGUGACUUUUGUUACAAACACGAGAAACGUUUUCAUUGUUUACCUCACAGAGCUUUCAAAACAAAAAUAAUUUUACAUAAUAUGUUACAGUCUAAAGUACAGAUGGUGUUUCGGAUUUUGUAUUUAAUUUUAUUUGGGAUACUCAAAGAGCUUUUCAUUUCUUACUUUAUAUGUAUGUAUUCUUACUAAUCAAUCAGACAAAAAAAUCUUCUGCAUGAGAUGAUUUAGUCAGAGAAAGUUAUUAUAGGUUUUGAAAAAGAAAUUCAUAAACAUUUAAUAGAAAUGAAUACCAUGAAAAAAACAUUCCAUGUUUCCUACUAUAUUUUUUUUGUAAUAGAGAUAUUACAAAAAUGAAUGAUUGUAAUUCUUUUAUAAUUUUUUUUUUGUUACUUUUACUUUAAAACACAUCAUGAUUUAAGAAACAUUAUUAGAUUUGAAUUUUAUAUAUUAGUAAAAACACAUACACUGUACCUACAUGUAUUAGAUUGACCAUCAAUGAUAAACCUUAUCAUUUGAAAGAAGUUGUUCAUUAUAACAGUCUUACUCUUCUUGAAGUCUGUAUUGGUGGUCAUAGUUUUUAUGAACUCCUUAAUUUUUUUAUGUGCACACGUUUUUUACAAAAAAAAUACUGCACAUUGAUGCGAUGACAGUUUUGUGCCGUAAUAGUAAAUGAAUAAUGUAAUGAUAUUUACACGUAUUGAGCAACAAUUUGUUAAAGAGUUUUGGUAAAAAAAUGUUCUCUCGCAAAGCUAGUCAGCAUAGGCCUUAUGUAUAUGCAUGUUUUACAUAGAACUUGAGUAGAUAUUUUUUCAUCGACUCUGCUUAGACGUUUUCUUAUAGAUUCUCACAUCGCUCUUACCCAUUAAUAAGCGUUUCCCUGCGUUCACCAUUAGAUAAUUCAUCAAAAGAUCAUCAGAUAUUGCAACUUGGCCAUAUUUACCAAAUCUUUCCAAAUGUGAUUUUUACUACAUUGAAAAACCUCCAUCGUGAUUUUUUCACAGUGAUUGAUAAAGGCAAUAAUGUUUUUCUAUGCAUUUAAUUAUUAAUACUUUAUCUUGCACGCACUGUUAUAACCUUUUUACAUGCACGAAUCAAUCAGAUUAUAUGUUUCUUACACAGAAGUCGAACUUCAUUGGUUGCAUAUUAUUAUUCAUGAGCUACUAUUUUCUAAUCAAGAUUGUUGGACUUGAGUUUAUGUGGAUUGGUCUUUUUUUUUAAUGAUGUAUGAUUGUUGAAUAAUCAAUUAUUGAAACUUAAGUAGAUAAAAUAUUUCAAAUUGAAUAUAAUUUUUUUUCCUCUUCAUGGAGUAAAAUAAUGAAUCUUUUUCAA